AUGCGCUUAGAGUUACUCUCUGCAGCACUGCUCGGCUGCGCGACUGCGCUCCUCGGAUCAGUCAUGGGACGGCGCGAUGGCGUCGCCCUCAUUCUGGCAGUGUUCCUCGGCGCCUUCCUGGCGGUCUUGGAAACGUGCAUAUCCAUAUCAGCCGGCCUUGACAGAGUGACCAUUCUCCGCGCAGUGUUCGGUGGUUGCGCGCGCGCGCUCGCUACCGCACUUAUCCACAUCGCCGUUGGCCGCACCUUCCUCCUUCCCUUCUCUCCCAACCUCGAGCCGGAACCGCCUACCGGAACGCGAUUACUCCCUUCCUCAAACGUCGUAACCCUCGAGCGUCAGCCCUUGGCUGCCGGUGUAUUCCUCGCCUUCCUCUCAGGAGGGGUACACCUCAUUCUCGGCGUGCCCCAACAUGCCGCGCUAGGCGCGGUGCUCGUGACUACAGCACCUUUCCUCGCCGCCCUCGUGCUAGUCGGGGCGAGUGUGGCCAAACCAGACGUGAUUGUACUGGCCAUGGCAACACCCAUGCUCCUCGUUGCCUCCUCCCUCACCCGCGACGCGCAGCUCAUCGACUGGACUCUGGCCGGGGUCAACAAGCAGUUACCUGGUCUCCCAGCUGACGCCGUCGCGCGCGACAUCCUCUGUGCGCUCGCUACCACGCUCCUCCUCCACCUGGUCGCACAUAUACACGCCCUCCUCGUCCUUAGUCCCACACUCCCACCAGCACCGCCCGCGAGCCUGUCCGGCCACCUGAGAUUACUAGUACGCGUUGUCGCGAACCCGCCAGAGCUGGACAAGCGUGUCCUCCUUCUACUGCAAGACGCUCCACCACUCCCACGCGCAUUCCGCCUAGCCGCCCUUGCUGCACCGCGCGAGCUGCGCAUCGCACUAACGGCCGUAAACUGGUGGUACACCUCCACCGCGUCCCUGGCACGAGCAGUUCCCGAGAUCGACGACGUGGAGAAGAUCUUGUCAUCGCGCCGGCGCGCACUGGGCGCCCUCCGCCUACAUCUCUUAUCCUGCUAUCAAAGCAAGUCGCAGCUGGAACUUGCCCUCAUACUCUGCACCGUGCCGCUCGAGGCAGCUCAGCAAGAGCCUUACUACCUCUUCGCGGCGCUUAUUCCCCGCAUUGCGCCCCUCUGGCCGUUCCUCGAGAUCCUGACUGCGCUAAAGAUCGACGCGAAUUUCCUCCCGGUCCCGGCACUCACCGAGUCCCACGACCUUUCGGCGCACCUCCCAUUCGAUACCCCUCCCAAGCUCGAGGCAUACGCAUCCGCCCUCGGUGGCGGGCUUGCCGCCGCCUGCUGCUACCUCGCGUGGAGCAUCCUUGACUCGUCGCCCGCACCACUUCAGCCCACUCGCGCAUAUAACUGGUCGCAGAGCGUUCACCCGGACGCCACGCCCUCGGGGACUACGCCUGGCCUUUCACCAACAGCCCCCGUCCGCACCCUUCUAGCCGCGCACACCAUCCUCUCUGCCCGUAUCAUGGGGCGAGGGAUGCUCCUCGUCUCCCUCGCGGCGUCCGCAAGCGACGACUGCGCCCGGGGCCGCGUCUACCUACCGUUAUGCGUAUUCAAGACGCAUACCGAGCUUGCGGACCUGCUACAUGGCGGCGGUGCGCCUCUACACGUCUUCGUACCCGUCCUGAGAAUGGCGGAACGCGCACGCGAAGACUCGGAGAGCAGCAUAAGCGGCCUUCCCAAGAGUGCCCGAAGUGCUAUCCGCGCCGCCAUCGCAGCCGCGUACACCCCUGCCUGCUGUCUCUGGGAGGGAGCUGGCGAGACGGGCAAGAUUUGCACGUGUAACCGCAGCCGUGCAGUCGUGCAGGCCAUCUGGGGUUCAUGA